UGUCAUACAAAGCAGGUACAUAAGCUGACCCUUUGCCAGGCAGAGAUUAUGUACAAGACCAGCAGGCUCGGUACACCGAUGACAGAAGAUCAAAUAGAGGAUAUGAAGGCUAGAAUGACCAGUUUAAGCAACUAUGAUGAAAAUGUUCUUAACGAGAUCAAAUCAGGGAAAAAGGCCGGAGGAACGCCUGUCAAAGCAGGGAAAGAGGAAAAUGAACAAAAGGAAGAAAAGGAUCAGGGAAAACAUAAAGAGGAGGAACAUCAUGCCCCAGUAGAUAGACAUCAUAUGGGUGACCGACAUCCUAUGGUUGACCGAAAUCCAAUGGGUGACCGGUUCGCUAUGGAAGACCGGCUUUCAAUGGAAGCCCGACUGGCAAUGGAAAACAGACUUUCAAUGGAAGACCGGCUUGCCAUGGAAGCGCGGCUUGCAAUGGAAAACCGUAUUGCGAUGGAAAACCGGAUCGCGAUGGGGGACCGACUUGCCAUGGGAGAACGUCAUGUCAUGGGUGACCGGCCACCACUUGACCGGAUUCCCUCCUAGUAAAGCUGGUUUACAAGGCCUUGAUUUCAUGAAUGUUAUUUUUAAUUUUUGAAGCUGAAUCUAUUUGAUCCAGUGAUCCAGACUUAUUGUGCCUUCUUCUCGUAUAUUUUAGUUCAAAUUUCCACAGAUAGAUGCCUCUGUUGUCAAUGAUAAGAAAUAACUCAAAUACUUCGAUAAGCACACAAUUCCAUACAUUUUUUGUCUGAAAUGUUUUAGGGCCGUUCCGGGUCAAAUAUUGCCUUGUACAGUGUCCAAGAAAGAAGACUUGGCGUUUUUAUUAAUUCGCUUUUUGUCCUUCUUAUUGAAAAAUUUUAAUAUUUUUAGUGUCUUUGUAGUGAUCAAACGUUUUUUUAUUUUUUAAAACAAAAUACUGAAACCCCAUUAAUUGUUAAAAUUCCUAAUUAGCAUUAGCAAAAUAACGUAAUUUAGAUUGCUGUAAAUUAAAUUUUAUUCUGUAAGAUAUUAUUUUUGUAAAGAAAUAUGCAAUUUUUAACCAUGACAUGUUAUUUUCGUAUUUAGUAUAUUAAUUGUACUUAUUUUAUUUUUCCACGUCGCAUAUAAUCUCAAUUAUAAUUUUUUAUUAAAAUUAUUGUUUUAAUGUAUGUUUUUAAAGUUUAUUUGUUCAAAAUUUAAAAACUUGUCUCAAUGAAUCUCCUUUUGUUACAUUGCUUGUUUUUAUGAAUAUAUGUUCCCGCCUUUUUCUUCAAAAGGUCUAAUUUGAAAUAUUUCAAAAAUGCAUUGAAAGUAUUCAAGAAUUAAAUCUAAAAACUUUUACAUUUUAAUCCAGUUUUUUGGAAGGAUUCACUUAAAAUUGACCUUCACAAAUUUCUAGGUAAAACAUAUGAUGAAUUUAAAAAUUUAAUUUGUACUUCAAGAUCUAUACUCUACAUACACUCUACAGUGUAAAAACAAUUGUAUGAAAACCGGGAUAUAUUCAGUAUUAGCUCUUAAACAUAUUUAUCUUGAUUUUAAUUUUUUAAAUGUUAUAUUGUAUUAAUCUAUCAUUUUUUACUAGUUUAUACAGUUGUAAGAACACUCAAAGGUCGUCUUUGAAUUUUGAAAUAAUUUGCGGCAUUCAUUUGCAAAUUAUAUUGUAGGUCAGUGACUACCUUUUAGCCGUCUCUCAACAAUCAUGUUUCAUGGGACACCCUGUAGUUACAUGAUCAGAGUACUAAAAUUGACCUAUUCCUUGAUGUGUAAAUUUGUAAUGUAGUCUAGUUCUCAUAUUUAUAUUUAAUGUGUUGACACUAUGUAUCAUUUCUUAGAAACAUUUUACAUUAAACUAUUUUUCAG